GGCGCGAUGGCGGCUGACGGGGAAGAAGACAUGGAUCCUCCUUGCGAUCCAGAUUGGGGCUACUUGGAGCCGCCGCGGACUGCCCUCGCCCAAACUAAGGGUUCAGUUGCUGCAAGUGGAGAACACACACCUGAAUCAAAUGAAACAAGCAUGCAGGCUGAGCCGGAGGAAGCAUGUGAGGGUGAUGCUGCUUACGAUCCAGAGCACAACCACAUGGUGCCACCCCAAGGGGAAUCAUCUCAGGUGAACAGCUGCGUGAAUGAGGAUAUGCAUGAUAUGUGCAUUGGAAGCCAAGAAGCUCUGUUCAUGCAGGUCGAUGGAGGAAGGAAAAAAUGCUUCGUAUUUUUUAUGCCUUACAACUUGUGUGCAAACUAACAAAAAGUAAUUAUGUGCAUGAAACAGCCAAACUUCUCUUAUGUGGUGCUGUUGAAGGGUUAUAUUGACCUAAAUGGAGGCUCUCAGACAAUGAAUACCCAGGUGCGGGCAGAUUCAAAAUUGAAAA